UUCCUGUCAAGAUGUCAGCCAGAUCGAGCGGCAUGCCCAAGCCCUCGCUCUCCCGGAGCAGGAGCGACGAGAGCGUCGUCGACAGCCGCUUCCCGCAGAUCACCUGCAUGGAGGACGUCAUCACCAACUUCUUCAACCAGAUCGUGCAGUACAUGAUCAAGGACAUGGUCGUGGUGGAGCCGGUGCCGGAGCCGUACGCGGCGGACACCACGAGCGACGUGGUGAAGGACUACAAGGACCUGCGGCCGCAGGACCUGGUGGCGAUGGAGGUGAAGUCGGCGUCGGGGUCGAAGGUCACGCUGACGAAGCGCUCCUCGAGCGGGAUGAAGAGGGCGAUGCCGCCGAUCGCGGAGGAAGGGCCGAUCGACAGCGAAUCCAGGACGUCCACAGAUAGCUCGUCGCUGAAGGACAUCGAGAUGGACGAGGCGCGGCAAGUGAAGAUUUUUUUCUUCAACGGGAACGUCUACGAAGGGAGGAUUUACAAGCGGAUUAUGAAUGGGAAAGGGAAGUUUACGUGGAGUGAUGGCAGUGCUUAUGAGGGUGAUUUUAAGGAUGGUUUUCCAACUGGUAAGGGAUGGAUGUCUCUUCCGGAUCUUAGUCGUUACGAAGGGGAGUUUUUUCACGGACUUUUUCAUGGAAAAGGGUUUUUGAAUAUUGUUUCGACGCCGACGUUUUAUAGUGGGGAGUGGAAGAAUGGGAAAAAACAUGGCCAGGGUUGGUUGCUCUACGAGCCCGAAGACUGGUACGAGGGCGGCUGGGAGAACGACUUAAAGGAGGGUUUCGGCUUGCGCUGCUACAAAGACGGCUCCAAAUACCGCGGCUUCUGGCACCAAGGCUUCUACGAAGGCAACGGAAUAAUGAUCUGGGACAACAACGACUAUUACAAGGGCGAGUGGAAAGCCGGCGCGAUGCACGGCCACGGCGAGUACAUCUGGCGCGCUUUCUACAACGACACCUUCGCCUUCCCCAUCCAGAACAUCUACAGAGGCUUCUGGGAGCGUGGGAAGCGCUCCGGUGAAGGCACCAUGACUUUCGGCGACGACACUGGAAUGAAACUCGUGGGAGAGUGGGACCAAGACUUCAAGCACGGUUCCGGGUACUUGAUCUGUGGCAACGGGAAAGUCCUGGAGCACCCAGCGUUGUUCCAAUACGACAAACCCAUGCACAUCAUGAAGGAAGUCUCCGCGUGGUCCAUCAGGAGCACCCGCUUGUUGAAAAGUCUAGAAAUCCCGAUUUUCACCGCCCCGCAGUACGUGAACGUCGGGUUCUACGUGGACCAAGUCCUGGAAGCAGUGGGUAGCAUCAACGUGGACAAGUUCAAGGCGUUGAAGACGUUCGAGGAGCGGUGCGUCCGAUACACCCUCAUCAGGAACCUGGUGCAGCUCAAGGAGCUGUACAAAGAGUACGCCAGCUUGGCUGCCAAGACACAACUAACCUUCGAACCGGUUUUGAUCCGCUUGUUCCUGUGGCAGUUCUACAAAGACAGAGAUAUCUGGAAGCGCGGGAUCUCGUUAGCAGAAACCGACCGAAUCCUCACCGAUAACCCCGACAGCUGUCUGGAGUCCGUCCACGACCCCUUCGAACCCAUUUACUUCUGGCAGUUCCUCAUGUCUCUAAUCGGAGUCGCGCUCACCACCUACUCCCUCGACGAAAUCGAAGAAAUUGAAGACAGCUCCGUCCAAGGGGUCUGCGCUUCCGUCAUCAAAAAGUUCUUCGACGAAGUCAUUUUCACGAAACUUGGAGUAAACCACCAGAGUGGCCUCUUCCUCAACUACUUGGAUCUGGCGCCCAUCAAAGCCGUCUACGCUCUGUACCAAAAGGUCGGAGAGCCGCAUUCCGCACGCACUUUCCUGCGGGCGUCGUGUACGAAGAAGGGCGAAACUCCGCUGCUCUGUCACCUGGAGCUCUUUUUCCAAAAGACGACUCCGCCGUUUGGGACCAACCUAGUGCCCCUCGACCAAGACGUCUUGUUCGAAAAUCGUGGGCACCUGGACGAGGAGUUCCGGCGCAACUGGACGAACCUCUUCGACUUCCGCCACCUGGGGCCAAGGAAUAUUUUACGGGGUUUGGCACAGGCGUGUCCGCUGAUCAUGGACGAGGGUCUCGUCGUCAAUAUUGACUACCCGUUGACGUUCCUCGAGUUUUAUGAAACUCUUCUGAUUUGUAUCUUCAUGGUUUUGGAACUGGAGAUGAAGAAGGAGCAGAGGAUUUUGAUGGAACAGUUGCCACCAAUUGUGUCGGUGGUGUCGGUGGCGCCUUCGAAAAGCAGGAGCGCGAAGACCGUCGAGUCGGACAAGAAGGUUGCGAAGAAAGGGAAAAAGGAAGACAAGGAAAAGACAAAGAAGAAGAAAAAGAAAGCGUGAAGUUUCUAGUUUUUUGGUUCAAUCUAGUUUUGAGUUGUA